UUGCAAUGUCGCAAGCUAUUGUUGCAAGCUUCUGGUCGUUGGCGUCUGUGCAAGAAAGCGAGCGUGUCUCGUCAGCCAAGGCGAUAUUAAGCGAGUUGGAGAAGUCGCAGCCGUCAGGCCAACGUCAAGAGGAUUUGGGAGAGUUCGAGGAUUUGCAGUACGUUCUGAAACGUUUGGUUAGCGGAUUGGCUUCUUCACGCAAAGCUGCAAGGCAAGGAUACGCAACGGCUUUGGCUGAGCUGUUUGCGAGGUUUGAUUGUUUGCGUGUUGAUCACGUGAUCCGACUGAUGAAGGAGAGUCUGCAAGUUACAGGCAGUGCUAAAGCUCAGGAAACACGAGACGCAUACUACGGGCAGGUGUUUGCUCUGUUGGCUCUCUGUCGCUCUGGGAGGCUUUUCAAGGAGGAUUUGCUGCCCGAUUUGAAGCGAGUCGUUGGCUGCUUGUGGGAAUUGGGAAAGAAAAAAGUUUAUUUGAAGCAAAUCAGUGCGAAGGGCAUUGUGGAUGUUAUUGGGCAGGUCGGUGGCGAUGUCUUUAGCCAGUGGAUUCUUCCUGUUAUUCGAGAGGACCUCGAGGCGGCGUGGUGGCAGUGCACACCAGAGAGGCUGUCGAUUGCAGUUGCUGUACAACAAGCGAUGGGAACGCACUUUGAGUCGGAAUUUUUUAAGAAGCAAUGGAAGCAUGUAAACGUACUGCAUUCGAAGAACUACGAGAGAAUAGCUUCAGUUCUAAUGGAUUCGUCGUACGCUCAUCCUCAAAUUCACUAUGUCUGGGAUCAGAUCUUGCCUUUGGUGUUGGCUCAAUCGGCGACGUUUGUGCAGUUUUGGAAAGCUGUUGUGGAUGAGUGUCUAAUGACGUCAUCUCACGAGAGGAAGUAUCUCGGUCUUCACUUGGUACUGAAGGUUGUUCCGAAGUUGACUGCAGAUCAGGUUGUUGGAGUGUUUUGUGGAAAUUGGAUGAGAUGUUUGAUGAAUAACGUGACGUCACCCGAUAAAUAUCUUUACUCUGUUGCAAAACAUAUUUUGAACGGUUUGUGUGAAUGUCUUGUUCAAGUCGUGGAUCGGGCUGUUCAUCUGGCUAUUGUGCUUCAGCUGCUUGGGCCAAACGGGAACAGGAAAUUUGAUCAGGUUUCUAAAACGAAGACGAUUGCUACGAUUGUUAGCUUGUUUGAUUGCCCUGCAACGGUGGCCUUUUUACGGUUUCUAAAAUUGACAUUCAAUAAAGGAAAAACAGUGCACAGCACAGGCGACAUAUUGCAAUCCGAUGGAACACAAGAUAUUGCGACCAGACAGUGGGCAAUUGAUGAGAUGCUUCGUGUUCUUCGUAAUCUCAAGUUACCACAAGAAGACUCGUGGAUACUAGAUUUAGGCAAAUUUGUUUUCUUCCAUGCUUAUUUUGAUGCUCGUGACACUUCUAAUGGACUUGAUGAGAUUUUGUGCACCCCAUAUCUUUCUUUGUCUCUCGAACUGAGGCAGUUCUGUCAGCAAAGGUUCAUUAGUGUGUUGUCACACGUAUCACACAUGCCACCCUUGAACAAAGGCAGUGGUGGUCUCUCUGCUGGUCAUCAUGGAACUGCAUCUGAUGGUGAAUUCUGGUUGUAUCAUCUACUGGAGUUUGGAAGGCGUUUACUCGAACAAAGCGAAACCGUGAGUCUUCACCAGCCACUGAGCACAGAGUCUAGUGUAGCUCUGGAGGCCAGCAUGACGACUAUUCAGUCAAUCCGGCAGAAAGCUUCACAAACAACCAGCAUUGCUGAAGCAAAGGCAUUUGAGUUACUCUUUUUGUACACAACUCUUCAGCUGUUUGGAGACCAAGAUCAGUCUGUAGAAGUACUUCAGGACUUGCAGGCUUGCUAUGAAAAAUUGGAGAAAUCGAAGUCGACGGGAAGGAAGAGGAAAGCAUCGAACUCUUCUGGUCCGGAAUGGGUCGAGGUGCUGACUGACAUUCUUCUUAGUUAUUUAGCUCGACCGUCCCAGCUCACUCGCAAUAUUGCAGACGAUGUGUUUAGAGCCGUUGUCCCUCACAUUACUAAACCGGCAUUAAACUUGAUUCUUCAGGCUGUUGCUGCAAAGAAAACAAGACAGAAAGACCAGGAUGACGAGGACGACGAAGACGAGGAGGAAGACGAUGAUGAGGACGAUGAGGAUGAAGAAGUCAGUGAAGAUGACGAAGAAGUAGCAGACAGUGAGAAAGAGUCGAAUAGUCAGUCCGAUAAUAGUGAUGUGGAUGAAGAAUUUAGACGGCAAGUCAAAGCAGCACUCGGUGACUGUGCAGCCGUUGAUACAUCUGAUGACGAGUCUGACAGGAUAGACGACAAUCAGAGUGACAUGUCAAUGGAUGAUGAUGCUAUGGAGGCAGUCGACCAGGCACUCGCUGCCGUCUUUCACGAACGCCGGUUAGCAAAGAAGGACAAAAAGCAAAGACAAGAAGAGAAAAAAGUUGACGCACACUUUAGACUGAGAGCCUUAGACUUGCUCGACAUUUUCAUCAAGAGGCAAUCAUCGAACCCUCUCAUUCUAGAUCUCAUUCUCCCAUUACUGCAUUUGAUCAGACGCGGGCAACGGCUCAGAGACGUUAAACCGUUGGUCGACAGAGCAGAGAAUCUGUUUAGCAACAAGUUGUGCAAAAUCAAACAAUAUCCGAGAGAGAACGUCGACGUUGACAACGUCCAUUGCCUACUCGAGGAGCUCCUACACAUUGCACAGACGGCUCCGUCCGUUAAUGUCGUUACGUUGGCAACACACGGUUGCAUGUUCGUGGUUCGAGUUUUGAGAGGAAACGUGGUCGCAACCGAGACGUCGUCGUUUCAAACCGAAACUCCAGCACACAAACGCAAGAAAGCCGACGCAAUCAAAACUCAGCCACUGCAUCAAUCCAAGUUUUCUCUCGGUGCUAUCGAUGUUGAUCGCUUUUGCAACGCGUAUGCCUCGUCUCUAAGAAACUUCACAGAGACGAGGAACACGCGACUACAUCCGGUCGUAUUCACAGAACUCAUCACCAGACACCCAGACGUCUCGUGGCUAUUAGCCAAAGACUUAGCAACAGCUCUAAACACAGGAGUGAACAACUACCGACGAACACAGGCAUGCCUGAUGCUAAACCAAUUGAUAUCAAACAAAAGCACAUUUGUCGAGAGUCUCUUUGUCGAGGCGUGUCCGGUGAUGCUUACUGAGUUUGUGCGGCUGCUGGAGAGAGUGGAUGUCGAUGUGCAGUUGAAGACUCAACAGUUACGUGACGUUCUACGAUUUGGUGUUAAACUGGUGUCAUUGGUGAAGACGCACGACUGCUGGGUGGAGUACUCGGCAAACCUCAAUGCUGCAGUUGUGGCAUGCCAACGAAGUGCAGCUCAGUCUCAAGAUGCGCGGACACUUUGCAACAAACUAUUACAACUGACCACUACAGACUUGGUUUAGCUGUCUCGGUUGGGUUUGUACUGUACGUAUAUGCUACAUCAGUCAGCAGCACUCAUAUAGAGUGCAUUAUAUUGGCUGAAUGUAUUGAAUCUGUUGACUUUUAUCUUGGUGUUACGUAAAGUAAUAAAAUAAUAAUUAUUUUGCAAACUUUGCUUUUAAUGCGUAUAUUGAUAUUUUUAUGUAAUUGAAAAAAUCAUAUC